AUAAGUUAUCUUUUGAGUUAGUAUAUAGAGGAAAGAAAUGCAACAAAAUCAAUGUAUCUGAUCAAGCACGUGAUAAUAGUAUGACAACUAAUGUAUCUGAUCAAGCACGUGAUAAUAGUAUGACAACUAACUAUUUGGCCUACAUAAAGUUCUUGUUCAUAUCAGCUAUUUAUUGUCGUGCUGUUGCAGCUCAUUAUCAGUUUGGCACAGGAUUUGCUUUAGUGCAGUAGUAGUCGAUUCCGAAUGCGCUAACAAAAACAAUAAAGAGGACCAUGUUGUCAAGACUCCCGUAUGGUAUAAGUCUUCUUAUACUCACUGCUGCUCUGUCAAGCCAUAUAGCCACUAGCUCAAGACUCUACAGGCCUAGCCAUUCUAACACAAUCAGACACAUGAACAUUGAUGAGGACCAGGCACAGUUCGGCGACUUCCCGUUCCAGAACACCAGCUUGUCGUGGGAUGAGCGCGUGGACGAUCUCGUGUCCAGACUGACCCUGGAGGAGAUUCAGGUACAGAUGGCCAGGGGCGGAACCAAAGAGAUUGGAGGUCCAGCCCCGGCCAUUCCAAGAUUGGGCAUUGGGUCUUAUCAGUGGGACACAGAAUGUUUGCGAGGUGAUGUAGAUGCUGUUGAGAAUGCAACGGGCUUUCCUCAAGCAAUUGGUUUGGCGGCCACUUUCAGCCCGGAUAUUCUGUACCACGUUGCCCGAGCGACAGGUCAAGAAGUGCGAGCCAAACACAACGACUUUGUCAAAAGGGGUAUCUUUGCCACUCACACUGGUAUGAGUUGCUUCAGUCCGGUCAUCAAUAUCUUGAGAGAUCCUAGGUGGGGCAGGAAUCAAGAGACAUACGGCGAGGACCCUUACCUGACUGGAAAUCUGGUACAAAAAUUUGUCAUUGGUAUCCAAGGUGAAGACUCAAGGUUCAUAAUGACCAGCGCUGGAUGCAAACAUUUUGACGUUCAUGGAGGGCCUGACAACAUACCGGUGUCAAGGGCCUCCUUUGACGCUAUCGUCUCUGACACAGACUGGAGGAUGACCUUUCUGCCCGCCUUCAAAAAAUGUGUAGAGGCCGGUACCUACAGCGUCAUGUGCAGCUACAACAGUGUGAACGGUGUCCCGGCAUGCGCAAACAAAAAACUGCUUACAGACAUCCUGCGUACAGAAUGGAACUUCAAGGGCUAUGUCGUCAGCGACGAAGCUGCCAUCGAAAAUGUCAUCUCGAAACAUAAAUAUUGUAAUAAUAGCGUGGAUGCUGUGGUGGCCUGUGUUAACGCUGGUACGAAUCUAGAACUUUCAUACAAUCUCCCCACACCGGUUUAUAUGUCUAUAGUAGAUGCUAUUCAACAGGGAAAACUGUCUGAGGAUCUGGUGAGGGAAAGAGUCAAACCACUGUUUUACACACGCAUGAGGCUCGGGGAGUUUGACCCGGAAAAAGAUAACCCUUACGCCAAGCUGGGUAUGGAUCAGAUCGAAUCUGCCGAACACCAACAGCUGGCUGUCACAGCCGCCAUGAAGUCUUUCGUACUGUUAAAAAACCAGGGCGGCAUUUUACCUUUGCAGAAAGGAAAGUUCAGUAAAGUUGCUAUCAUAGGACCAAUGAGUGACAAUGCAGAACAACUGAAUGGUGACUAUUACCCUCGCCAAGACAAAUCUUUCUUCACAACUCCUUUGGACGCAGUGAAGACUCUGUACCCCAACGCCAAGUACGGACAAGUAUGCAAAGACAACACACCAUGUACACAGUACAACAAAGCUGCCGUGCCUGCUAUAGUGAAAGAUACGGAACUGGUAUUUGUCGCCCUGGGUACUGGUCAAGCUGUUGAAAGUGAGGCAAACGACAGGCCGGAUGUCGAGCUGGCAGGACAUCAGAAGGAACUUCUUCUGGAUGUUCUAGACAACAGCGGUGACGCUAAGAUCAUUCUGCUUCUCUUCUCUGCCAGUCCUCUCAACAUUACGUUUGCCGACCAGUCAGACCGCGUGGUAGCCAUCAUGGAAUGUUUCUUUCCCGCACAGUCUACUGGGAAGGCCCUGUACAAUGUUCUCACCAACACCGGGCCGUAUUCUUCCCCGGCAGGCAGACUUCCCAACACCUGGCCCCUGUACAGUACGCAGAUUCCACCGAUGGUCAACUACUCCAUGGAGGGUAGAACGUAUCGCUACUUCAGAGGCAAUCCCUUGUAUCCGUUUGGCUAUGGCCUCUCCUACACCCAGUUCAAUUUCUCUGAUCUGAUGUACAACACAACAAUCAAGGCAGGAGAUAGUCUGAGUGUCCAGGUGGACAUUACAAAUGAGGGUGACGUUGACGGCGAAGAAGUCCUCCAAUGUUACAUCAGCUGGAAUGACAAGUCCUUGCCCGUACCACAACUACAGUUGGCCUACUUUGACCGGAUCCUCAUUGCCUCCAAGCAAACGAUCUCACGCCGUUUUUCGAUGUACCCGGAGUCCAUGGCGUUUUGGCAAGGUGGGAAAUGGGUAAUUAAAGCUGGUGGGAUGAGUCUGUUUUGUGGUGGUCAACAGCCAAAUCAGAAGAAACAGGUGCCGUCCAACGUCCUCUCUGGAACGUUCACCAUCACAGACUCUAUCACUCUUGAAAAGUAACGUUUUAAUUCCACCUGUGAGAGUAAACAUGAGUACAUGCAUGCACGUGUUAUGUGGUGUGGUGUGUGUGUGUUAUUUGUGUGUGUGCGUAUGUUUGUUCGUACGUUAACACAAGCACACGAGUACGAGCGGUGUCUUGAGUGUCAAACCAUUAUUUCUUCCUGCUGAGCAAAGUGUUGUCUUCACCUGUUUGAAACAUUUGUGGGUGACUUGUAAUCAGAAAGCAAUAUUAGGCAAAGAAACCAGUUGGU